UUUUGACAAACAGAUGGCAGCUCAAAAAUGGCGGCGAAUUUUUGUAAACAAAACAAAUAAAAAAAUUUGCAAGCAUUCAAACGAAUUUGCAAAUUAAUUAAAUUUUAAUAAAAAUACAUAGAAACUAAUAACAUAAUUAUGAAAUUAUUGGCCUCAAAACGUGCGGUACAUGUAGAAGUGUGUUUAAAACAAUUAACGGGACGCCUGGAACAGGUACAAGCUGUAUUGGAAGAACCUUUAAAGGAUUUAUUAGGUAGAAAACAAUUGCCUUUCAACGAUAGCAUUAAGUUCCAAAAGGAGGAAUUGGAAAAUGAGGUGUUGUACAAUGUGGAAAGUGUUCUGAUGGAAUGUGAGUCGAAGCAGGAAGGAGAGUUAUCUUCCCCUGAAGAUGCAGAAUACUUCGUUUUUCACUUCUAUUGGCCACAAAGACGUGCCAUGGAAUUGGAAAUGUUUGAUACUGAGGGUGGAUCAGGCGGCGGUGAUGAUGAUUCUAACUCUGUACCCUCCUCCAAUCAUUGGAUUUUACCUUCUCAAUCCUUCGAAGGUCUCUGGCAACAUUUAAUUUAUGACAAAGGUCUCAAAGAAAAACUCUUAAGGUUUGCCGUUUCAGCAUUGCUAUUCUCUCAACAUAAUGUCAACCACAAUAUAAUAUCCUGCAAUCGUCUAAUACUGUUACAUGGUCCACCCGGUACUGGUAAGACUAGCUUGUGUAAAGCUUUGGCCCAAAAGCUGUCUAUAAGAUGUCGUUCGGUAUUUAAACAUACACACCUCAUAGAAAUUAAUUCGCAUUCAUUGUUUUCCAAAUGGUUUUCCGAAAGCGGUAAAUUGGUUAUGCGUUUGUUCAGUAAAAUCAAAGAAAUCAUAGCAGAUCGCCACAAUUUGGUUUGCGUACUCAUAGAUGAGGUAGAAUCUUUGGCCUAUGCUAGGGAUUGUAUGUCGGGUCAAGAACCCAAAGAUGCCAUGCGUGUAGUAAAUGCUUUAUUAACACAAUUGGACAGCAUUAAAGAGCAUCCUAAUGUCCUAAUAUUGGCUACUUCCAAUUUAGCCGACACCAUAGAUUUGGCUUUUUUGGAUAGAGCUGAUAUUAAGCAAUACAUUGGCUUACCCAAUGAACUGGCCAUAAGGAAAAUCUAUGAAUCCAUGCUCACGGAAUUGAUGAGAGUUGGUUUGCUGGAGUCGUGUGAUUCUUUUCAAACAGAAGAUAAACAUGAGGGAUCACUUAAGGAACUGGCCAAAAGAAGUAAAGGUCUUAGUGGUCGUACCUUGAGGAAGUUGCCCUUUUUAGCUCAUGCCACCUAUUGCUUUAAUAUGGAAUUUGAUUGUUCUCAAAAAAUAAUUAUGGCCAAUUUUCUAGAUGCUUUGCUAGAAGCCUUGGAAAAAUAUCAUCAAGAUCAGCAAUUAAUGAAAUCAAAUAAAAAUGUUUAAACUUUAAACAAAAA